AUGUCUUUCAAAGCUCUUCUCACUUCCACGCUAGCCUUAUCCUACUUAUCGAAAGGUGUGCUGGGCUGUUCGCGUGUCACAUAUAACAGUGGCCCGGCAGAUGGCAACCGCACUGUGAUAGGCCGUUCCAUGGACUGGCUGACCCCAACCAACUCAAGCCUGUUUGCUUUCCCAGCAGGCUUGCAGCGCAAUGGUAGUGCGGGAACCAAUUCAGCUACGUGGACAAGCAAGUACGGCUCAGUGAUCCUCACUGCGUAUGAUUUAUCUACCUGUGAUGGUAUGAAUAGCCAGGGUCUCACGGUCAAUCUGCUGUACCUGGCAGAUGGCGAUUACGGCCCAAGAAACGCGUCGAUGCCAGCCAUGUCACUCGCCAUUUGGCCCCAGUACUUUCUCGACAUGUAUGCCACCGUGGAUGAAGCGGCCCGAGAUCUCUUCACUGAAGGAGGUCAAGCCAAAUUCCAAGUCCGCACCGAAGCUUUGAUUCCUGGAGUACCAACUCUUAUGCACGUCUCGGUCAGCGAUGCUACCGGCGACAAUCUCAUUCUUGAAUGGCUGGAUGGGAAAUUGGUCGUGCAUCACGGAAAAGAAUUCAAUGUCAUGACAAAUGAGCCCAACUAUGACGAUCAGAUUGCAAUCAACAAGUACUGGGCACCAAUAUCCAACUCUUCACUUCCCGGGACCGAUCGUCCUGCCGAUCGCUUCGCGCGUCUUGCACACUAUGUCAGCGUCGCACCCGCCUCCUCAGAAGUGGUCUCUGCCUUGGCGACUACCAAUGGGAUGAUACGGGCAGUGUCCGUCCCGAUGGAACCGAUCAACAUAAACACCCCAAACAUCACGCCAACUCUGUGGAGGACAAUUGCGGACACCAAGGACAAGGUUUACUACUAUGAAAGCGCAUCGGAUGGUAGUUUCUUCUGGGUCGAUCUGACUCAAUUGGACUUGAGCUCUUCUGGUCAUACACUGCAAUUGCCCAUGGUUGGCGUCAACUGGACCGAGAGGGUGGGUGACAUGACUGAUCAGCUCGAAAAGGCUACACCCUUUAAAUUCAUGGAGGCCAACAACUGA